AUGUCAGCUCCUCAAGCGACAGAAUUGGGAGGAACCCCUCCAGAUGAAGUGAUAGAGCCACAGCCAUUGCGUCGCCGGCGCCCACCACUCUCGUGCGUGACCUGCCGGCGCCGCAAAUUGAAGUGCGAUCGCGCAAAUCCAUGCGGGCAAUGCGUCCGCUCCAAAACAACAGAUGAAUGUGUCUUCACCGGCGCAGAGCCAAAUACGAAUCGGCGAAUGUCACCACCUGCGUCGAGCUCAAUGCGCAGCCCGGCAAACGAGCCGCGACCCGGGAUGUAUGUCUUCGACUCCAAAAUGCCGCCCAAGACGGGAUCGAAGACCUCAUCUCGUGUUUCGAAACGACGACCGGAUGAGCUUUCAGAGAUGAGGCAGAGAUUGAGGGCAUUAGAAAAUUCCCUCAAGUCGAAUGUUCAGACGCCAGCGACGUCGGUUGAUAUGUAUUCGGAGAUCGACACGGCUAGCACGACGGAAAAUGUGGGUGUUGACGAUCGGGUGCGAUUUUUGCCCGACGCCAGUUUUCGCGGGAAGAAGAACAAAACUCGGUACUUUGGUCGCAGUCAUUACACUACGACGAUCUCUUUUUUUCAAGAUGUCGGGGCUUUUUUGCGUCGGGGUCAGCACCGCGGACAAGGGAAAGACGUGGAGUACACCGACAUGAAGCAGUUCAAGACGGAGCUUUGGUCGCGUGAAACCCAGGAUCAUCAGCGUGAGUUCCGUGAACAGGCGUUCAAGCUCAAUGAGAUGGUUCCGCCGCGAAAGGUGGUGGACCUUCUUCUCCGUCUGUAUCUCGAUACGUUUGAGACGACAUAUCGCAUUCUGCACACACCUACCUUUUUGAAGCAAUAUGAAGAAUACUGGAACAAUCCCCAAAAUGUUGACUUGGGAUUCGUCGCUCAGUUACUUGCCGUGAUGGCUGCUGGUAGCUGCUUUUACGUCCCACCUCAAGGGCUGGACGACCGCGACAUCUUCCAAAAGCCUGCCAUCCGAUGGAUCAUGGCUGUUCAGUCCUACAUCUCUUGCACCUUUGUAAGUCCUGACAUUGACUUCCACAUGCUCCAGACUCAGUGCCUCCUGCUGGUGGCGCGUCUCGGAAUCGCUAGUGAUGGGGACGUAGCCUGGGCAUCGGCCGGCUCACUUAUUCGAUCCGCGAUGACAAUGGGCCUUCAUCGCGAUCCUACCCGAUUUCCCAAAUCCAAGCCUUUCCAUUCCGAGACACGUCGCAGGUUGUGGGCGACGAUUGUGGAGUUAGAUCUGAUGAUCGCUCUCGACCGUGGAGUUCCCCCGACCGUUGAUCUCGAUGAAUGUGAUUGCGAUGCGCCGUCAAAUUGGGAUGACUCCGACCUGGUUCUCGAAAUGGAGUACAAUCCUGCACCUGGAACUACUACGUUCUGUACUCAAAACUUCUACCAAACUCUCCUUACAAAAACACUCCCUCUGCGAUACAGCAUUGCGAAACGAAUAAACAGUCUUAGGUUCACCCUCUCCUACGACGACGCUCUUCGAAUGGGCGAGGAAAUCUCCAAUGCAAUGCAACACGCAUCCAAAAUCUUCGAAGAUGACGCCUCAGCCAUUCUCCCCGAAGACGCGCACCGCCACCGCUUCGCUCAAUCGCUGCAUCUCUUCAUGAUGCGCAAAUUCCUCCUUGCUCUCCACCGUCCCUUCUCUCUCAGCGUUGUCAGAUUACCCAAAUGCUCAUAUUCCCGAAAGAUCUGCCUCGAGGAGUCCCUCGGCAUUCUCUCCCAGAUGGAGAUCCCUCUCUCCCCAGAAAACAUCCAGUACCCACACAUCACCCAACUGGGCAGUGGAAUGUUCCGCAACGAAACCUUCCACGCCGCCAUCACCGUCUGUGUCGAACUAUCGCUCCAAGCAAACGAACAGCGGUCUUCCGUCUCAGGCAUGGAAGGCGUGAACUUCAGCGUCCUUCUGAGCAUGAUUCAAUCCCAGCAGCUCGUCAUGAUGCAGGCUGUUGAGCGUGCAGCCGAGAGCUUCGGCAAAAGAGUCGCAUGCGGUGGAAAAGGGAGCAAGCCAUUCUUCUUCUUGAAUAUCAUCUUAGCAUCAGUCAAAUCGCGCGUGAAGGGCGAAGAUCCGAUGUGCAAGGUUGAGGCUGCCUCGAAACGGGCCGUACGUAUCUGCAGAGAGAUUUUGAAUGGUCAUUCUUACCAAGAUGCCCAGAUUGCUGUUGAUAGCAGGCCAUCACUGACUCCGAUAGCUUCGGGACUCACCCCGUCGGCCACCACGCCAAGCGACUUCGAUCCCGUUUCCUUUAUGUAUGGGGACUUCAGCGACUUUACUCCCAUGGAAAUCGGCGGAUGGGGUGAUGGAAUGGAUCUCAAUGGUUCGGAGCUAUGGGAUCCUGAGUUGUUUGCAAAUCUGCCCACGUUCCCAUGA